AAGUGGGUAAAAGGAGAGAAGCAGAAGAAGGUUUUGGGUUGCUGCAGAAAUCUCGGUGUGCUGUUCAGAUGAACCUUCUUCUCGCACAACCGGAGGGGGUACGAACAGGGAACAAAAGGCAGCCGAGCACUCUGAACAGGAAGACUGCUAAGAUUCAGCUUUUUUCUGCAUUGCUACAACAGCCACCACAAUGAAUUAUACUAAACUUAGAUUCAAGAUCAACGGCGACAGCAUCUUUCUUGGGGGAUGCAAAACCACCGGAGAAACUUAGGGGUUAGGAACUGCUGAUAGAGAGUUGGGAGCAAAAGCCAUUUAGCCCAAUUAAUCCAGCAAAGUGUCUCCCCCCCCCAAUCUCUUUUUUUCUUGACCCUUAUCAUGGAAGGAAAUGAGAUCUGCCUGGAAAGGAGUUUUGCGGUUACUAGAUUGGUUUCCUCUCUGGAGUUUGUGUCCUCCAAGACUUUUCUUUUUCUCCCUGCACAAAUGUGAAGAACCCCAGUCCAACAACGUGAAUCCCUUUGUGGUGGCUGAAGAAAGUUUGUGAUUAAAGGGAUACGACUUGCAGAAGCUCCUCUGAAGGCGAAAGGGAUGUGCAUGCCAGGAGACCUGGCUCCUCUCCAAGGACUUGUGUCCCCACCAGAGGCUGUGAGCAAGUGACUGUGUCACCCCUUGGGAGCAGGUCUGAAAUGAAAGAUCAACACCCCCCUUCUGUUUGUUUGCACCAAAGAUGAUGGCUGAAGUUGGCUUGGGGCAGCUUGCUGCUGCAAGGCCUAAUCCCAGCCAUAGUAAAGCUCAGAGCCUAUGAGCCUCCUCUUGUCUCCGGGUUGUAGUGGAACCUCCAGGAUGGGGAGCAGUAGUUCGGCACUGAAAGUUUGCACUGAUCACCAGGGAGGCAUCAACUGGCUCAGCCUCAGCCCAGAUGGGCAGUGGCUGCUGACGGGCAGCGAAGAUGGCACGGCACGACUCUGGAGCACUGCUGACAGCCAGUGCCGGGGCCAUUUUCAAGGGCAUGAAAGCUAUAUCACCUUUUGCCACUUAGAAAAUGAAGCUGCCUUCACAUGUAGUGCAGAUCACACAAUUAGAAAGUGGGAUGUGAUGACAGGCCAGUGCUUGGCGGUUUACCGAGGACAUACAUCCAUUGUGAACAGGAUUCUGGUUUCCAAGGAUUAUCUCUUCAGUGGCUCCUACGACAGGACAGCACGGUGUUGGAGUGUGCAUAAGGAGAAACCAAUCCAAGAGUUCCGAGGCCAUCGGAAUUGUGUCCUGACAUUGGCUCUCUACUCCUCAAAGGAUGUACUUGAGGACUCAGAUGAGGAAGAAUUGGAGGAGGAGAAACUAAGCAGGGACUUCCUGGUGACAGGGAGCACAGACUGCACUGUCAAAGUCUGGUGGGUGUCCAGUGGGCGUUGUCACCAGACCCUGCUGGGGCAUACUGGGGCUGUCCUAUGCCUUAUACUUGAUGCUCCAAACAGGGAGCUCUUUUCAGGCAGCACUGAUUAUACUAUUCGGACAUGGAACAUUGUGACUGGUGCGCAGCUGAGGGUCUUCAAAGAGCAUCAAGGAUCUGUAAUCUGCCUAGAGCUUGUGAACCGGUGCUUGUAUUCAGGGAGCGCAGACCGGACGGUGAAAUGCUGGCUGGCUGACACUGGGGAGCGAGUCCGAACAUACAAAGCCCACAAGCACACCAUCAGCACUUUGAAAUACCAUGCCGGGAUAUUGUUUACAGGAAGUGGUGAUGCCUGUGCUAGAGCUUUUAAUACAAAGACCGGCAUCCUGCAAAGAGUGUUUCGAGGGCACAAGCUGGUCAUCAACUGCAUCCAGAUUCACAAUGAAUUAUUGUACACAGCUUCCCAUGAUGGCACGCUAAGGAUCUGGGACAUACGGCAGAUCUGCAAGCGGAACAAGCGUCGCUUGAAGAAGGAGAGGUCUCUCCAGGGCAGGAGCUCCCAGAAGGGAAGCCUGUCUCGUCUCUUCAACAACAAAGUGGGCUGCAUGGUGCACCAGGGAAACGGAGGAGAGCAGGAAGCGGUGGAACUUGUGUGACUGGCUGGGGCAGGGGUGAGAGAGGCGGGACGCUUCCGGCCAACCAUACACGGCAGCAAGUGCUGCGUCAGCACAUGGCACCCUUGGGCAGCUGCUGGGGCCCACCACUGACCUCUGCCUUCAGCCCCUUGGGGAGGAUUGGGCCUGGCAGCCACCAUUUCCUGCUGCCCCCUGCCACAGUUCUCCUGCCAUAGAGUCAUUCUAGUACAUUGUGGGGAAAUUAUGGUGGUUGCCAAGGGAAGCUGGGGCUGCCAAUAUGGUGGCUGCCAAUGGGAGCCAUCACUUUUCCCCACCAUGCCCUAGAACAGUGCUUAUAGCAUGCUGGAGACAUUGUGGGGGAAAGGUGGUGGCCACCAGUCUGUGGCUGCCAAGAGGAGGAUAAAAGGCUCGGCAGCUCCGCUGCUACCAAGGUAAGCACCCUCCACAAACGUUAGGGGUGUCUACCCACAGAGGAGAGGGCCCACCAGAGGGUAUCUUGGGAAGGGCCCCCACAAACCUGGAGUUAGCCCUGAAGAGCACACCAAGCCAAAUGCAGCCCACAACCAUGCAUAUAGGGUAGGCCUCCCAGGGGCUUGAUUCAGCAGCCUCCUCCUUGCUACCUGCCUGGGACUGCUGCAAGGAGGAGGUUGCUGAGCACCUGCCAGGCCACAGUGGAUGGCUCUUGUGCUGCAUUCAACAUGGUGGGCCAUGGGUUAUCUAGUUCCGAUGUAAGGUCAAGGGGUCCCGAUGAAAAGAGGAUUUCUUUGCUGCCCUUUGGGAGUGAACUGUAGCAAUGAGUUUAUUAACACUCUCCUACGGAAGGCAUCUUAAAUCCUAUUAGCAUAUGAAAACAUAGCUCUUUUGUGGGCCAGCCCCAAAUCUUGAUUUGCUGCCUUUAGGGCUAAACCCUGACUGCCGUGCAGGGGCAGCGUCCCAAACAAAUGUAGCAUCUGGACCUGCAAAGCCGGUAAGGCUGGGAGGGAGCAGCAGAGAGAGAGGUGCAGGCAGUGGAGAUGCAGGGCUGAAGGUGGGGAAAGACACAGCAUUAGCAGACUAGCCAGAGGAGAAUGGGAAGCCUGGUGUGGUCCUCAGGUGGCAUGUGGGAGAACAAGGGCAUUUAAUGACAGGUAUUCACUUCCACUUUGCUUUGUGCCUGGACUUGGAAAACGAUGGAAGGGUGUGUACAGAAGCCCUUAGGAAACAGCAGUCAGUGCACUAGAAGCACACUCACCAUGUUGACUGAUAUACUCACUGCCAUUCAGAGUGGAGGGUUCUGCAGCAGAUUUGCCUGUGCUGAACCCUGUUUACAGGCUGGCUCCUGGUAGUGCACAGCACUGAUUGGCUGGUGGCUGCGAUCUCUCCUUGGGGCAGUUUUCUUUUUGCAAAUAGUGUGUGCCAAAUGAAUGGAUGCAUGCAUGAACAUUUGUGCAGGUGCUUUGAAACAGCCCCCCAAAGUAGGCUCCAUGUGCAAAACAUGGUACUGCCACUCCAAGAAAGGGUAACACCUUCCCACCAGUCAACAAACCGUGUAGCCAGAUUUGUGCAAACUCACAUAACCAGUGGAGGAAGCUGGGCUUAGUUUGCCGGGAUUGAACACUGCAGUGUGGUUGUUUUGAGGUAUGUCUGUAUGCACCAUAAAGUCGCGUAAUGUCAGAUUUCUAGGUCCUGGCACUACCAUGAGAUGCAAAAAUAUUUCAAAUUUCUCAGCAGCAGCACUCAAUUUUUAGGCAUCCAGUCAAUCAGGAACCUAGGAUUAUUCUAGCCUUUUCUCGAAGCAAGUUUCCCCCUCUGGUCUGUUUCCUGUUUGUGCCUGCUUCAGAAUGGGGUGAAUGAGGAUGUAGGAACCAGAGAAGAGAGGGACCUUUCCCCCCUGCUCAGUUGUAUUACAGGCUCAUAAUUCCCAAUUCAGUUUUUCUCAGCAUGGCCUGCAAUUAAUCUCUUUCCCCUGUGUAUUGGCUUGAACACAGGAAGGUGUGUUUGCUGCACUCGGUGGGAUUACUCUGAAACAAAGGGUCUUAUCUGGAGUGUCAGCUGUGUGCUCGAACAAAGCCCACAAUGCAGUCUUCAGCCCUGUUCUCAAAGCAGUUCUGGAUCCAAAGUUGAAUUUGAGGAAGUGUUUGUUCCUAGAACCUGUUUGCAGUAAACACUGGAAUGUGAAAAAUAUAGACAAAAGUAAAGUAAAGUUGUUCCAUCGA